AUGGAUGUUGACAUGAUGAAAGCAUCUCAUCAAGAAGAUCAAAUGGAGAUGAUGGCAGUCAUUAUGCAAAUGGAAAAGCUUCAGGAAUUUUGUGAGCCGUUCAAUACUACGGCUCCCACAUUGCCUCAUGAAAUUCAUUUCUCCACUGCGAAUACCACCACCAAUAAUAAUGCUACCAUUUACCAUAAUCCAACUGUUAACGUUUCUUCCCCUCCUUCAUUGGUCAAUCCUUCUUCAACAAUGCCUUUUGGAAGCACUCCAAUUCAAGAGCCCAUGACACCACCUCUUCAACCCAAUGUGGUCACUGGAAGAUUCAAAAAUGCGUUUACAUUACCCAAUGGAAGUGCAUAUCCUCCAUCAUUAGAGAAACGAAACUCAAUGGCAGCUAUGAGAGAGAUGAUCUUUCGUAUAGCUGCAAUGCAACCUAUCCAUAUAGACCCUGAAUCCAUUAAGCCUCCAAAGAGAAGGAACGUGAAAAUAUCUAAGGAUCCACAGAGCGUGGCAGCCAGGCACAGAAGGGAAAGGAUAAGCGAGAGGAUAAGGAUCCUACAGAGACUUGUGCCCGGAGGAAGCAAAAUGGACACAGCUUCUAUGUUAGAUGAGGCUAUCCAUUACGUUAAAUUCUUAAAGAAACAGGUGCAGACGUUGGAACAAGCUGGUGCUCAAAGGCCAAUUGGUGGUGUUGGAUUUUCAGCACCAACAAUGGCUAAUGUUGGUUACUCUUCGUUGGCUAAAUCAUGCCAGCCUUCUCAAAUGCUAGGAAAUAUGCAGAUGUUUAGAUAGGGAAGGA